CAGAGUGGAGACGCCAGAGGCCUCUUCGUGCGCGCAGCGAUGUCGGAGAGCGGGGUUGCGUGGGGGGAGGGAGCCUGGAAACAAAGGAUACAUCUGGGGUGUCAAGGCUGAGGGAGAACCGUCUGAAGUAUCACUGGAGAAAGCUGAGGAGCAGGUUCAGGAGCAGAAACUGAGGAGUGAAGAUGGAGCAGAGACAAGAGGAGAGACAAACUCACACAGGGGACAGACCUUAUAAAUGCCUGGAGUGUGGAAAGAGCUUCAGGUGGAGUAGCACCCUUACUUCGCAUCAAAGAUGUCACACAGGAGACAAACCUUAUCAAUGCUUGGAGUGUGGAAAGAGCUUCAGUCGGAGUGGAACCCUUACUUUGCAUCAAAGAACUCACACAGGAGACAAACCUUAUAAAUGUCUGGAGUGUGGAAAGAGCUUCAGGUGGAGUAGCACCCUUACUUCGCAUCAAAGAUGUCACACAGGAGACAAACCUUAUCAAUGCUUGGAGUGUGGAAAGAGCUUCAGUCGGAGUGGAACCCUUACUUUGCAUCAAAGAACUCACACAGGAGACAAACCUUAUAAAUGCUUCGAGUGUGGAAAGAACUUCAAGUGGCAUAGCGACCUUACUUCGCAUCAAAGAACUCACACAGGGGAUAAACCUUAUCAAUGCUUGGAGUGUGGAAAGAGCUUCAGUCAGAGUAGCCACCUUACUUCGCAUCAAAGAACUCAUACAGGAGACAAACCUUAUAAAUGCUUGGAGUGUGGAAAGAGCUUCAGUCACAAAAGCAGCCUUACUUCACAUCAAAGAACUCACACAGGAGACAAACCUUAUACAUGCUUGGAGUGUGGAAAGAGCUUCAGUCACAGUAGCCACCUUACUUCGCAUCAGAGAACUCAUACAGGGCACAAACCUUAUCAAUGCUUUGAGUGUGGAAAGAACUUCAGUCAGAGUGGAACCCUUACUUCGCAUCAAAGAACUCACACAGGAGACAAACCUUAUACAUGUUUGGAGUGUGGAAAGAGCUUCUGUGACAGUAGCUCCCUUACUUCGCAUCAAAGAUGUCACACAGGAAACAAACCUUAUCAAUGCUUUGAGUGUGGAAAGACCUUUAGUCGGAGUGGAACCCUAACUUUGCAUCAAAGAACUCACACAGGAGACAAACCUUAUAAAUGCUUUGAGUGUGGAAAGAGCUUCAGUUGGAGUGGAAACCUAAGUUUGCAUCAAAGAACUCACACAGGAGACAAACCUUAUACAUGCUUGGGGUGUGGAAAGAGCUUCAGUCGGAGACACCACCUUACUUCUCAUCAGAGAACUCAUACAGGGCAGAAACCUUAUACAUGCUUGGAGUGUGGAAAGACCUUCAGUCACAGUAGCGCCCUUAGUUCGCAUCAAAGAACUCACACAGGAAACAAACCUUAUCAAUGCUUUGAGUGUGGAAAGAGCUUCAGUCGGAGUGGAACCCUAACUUUGCAUCAAAGAACUCACACAGGAGACAAACCUUAUAAAUGUUUGGAUUGUGGAAAGAGCUUCAGUGACAGUAGCUCCCUUAGUUCACAUCAAAGAUGUCACACAGGAGACAAACCUUAUCAAUGUUUUGAGUGUGGAAAGAGCUUCACUCGGAGUGGAACCCUUACUUCGCAUCAAAGAUGUCACACAGGAAGCAAACCUUAUAAAUGCUUGGAGUGUGGAAAGAGCUUCAGUUGGAGUAGCAACCUUACUUCGCAUCAAAGAACUCAUACAGGGAACAAACCUUAUACCUGCUUAUAGUGUUGAGAGACCUUUCAUCAGAAUGACUACCUUCAGGCACAUCAAAGGAUCCAUACAAGGAAAGAGAUGUAUAAAUGCAUUGAAUGUGAAAAAAGCUUUAAGCAGAGUUCUACUCUUUCUGUGCAUCAAAGGAUCCAUGCGGGGAAUCCAGGCUACCAACAGGAUUUUUCUGGGGAGUUUCAGACCCCUGACAAUCUUCUUCUCUUAGAUUAACCACAGACUGUUCCACUUCCCUUCACCUGUUCUUUUGGUGGCCUGUCAGUUUUUGCUUUGCAGAGUCAGAGGGGUUUUGACUUUUGCAGAGAUGGGUGAGCACCUAAGAUGGAUGCUGAGGCCAAGGUGGCUGCGGAAGCCAAAAUGGCCUCUCAGUUGUCCAGUCUUUCCCCAUCAUAUUCCCGCCCUGGCAGUUUCUAGCUGCCAAAUUCAAUAAUCAAUUAAUGACAUUUCCUGCAUUACUUUAUCUACUUCCUGUAGAUCCUCCUCCUCUGUAAUUUUUACCUCCAUGUGCAUCAUUCGAACAUCAUUUUUUGUGAUGGACUUAGUAGUCUUUGUCUCACAUUGUCUAAUGCAACAUAACACCAGCUGGACUAUUACAUAUAUAUGAGGAAGCUUAAUCCGGUUAUAACAUAAUUUAGUAGAUGUUUUACUCUGCCUCCUCCAUCUGUAGUGAGCAAAUAGUCCAACACCAUCCUGAUUUGGAGAACCGUUUUUCUUAUUUGCGUUUGGGUUGCCGGUAAGAUAUUUAUAGCGAUAGAGGCCAUAGGGAGAGCUUCUUUGGUCUCAUCUGCAGGAAUUUCUAGUAAAGAUUGAAGUCUCAAACCUCCAGAACCUACAGCGGCCGUGCCACCCAAGGGCAGGAAAGACCACCCUAUUACUGAGCCCAUCGUUAAGGGCCUGUGGUUUUCUAUGUCUCAUUGUGCAGAGCGGCGAACAGGUUUUGUUUUCUCUCUUUUCUCUCGGAUUGGUGAGGGUCUCUUGUUCCUGAUUCUACCAACUGGGAGUACCUGAGUGACCCUGACAGCUGGUAUAAGCCAGGCAACAUAGCAGGAGUCAAUCCAAUAUUUGGCAAUACUUUAUAGGCUUUAUCCCCAGAACAAUAAUGUUCAACUAGAGCUUCCCAUGGGCCUUUGUGGAAGAGGAAAAGACCAGCUUUUGCAUGGUUGAAUGUACUACCAUCACCUGGAUCAUAAGAACAUAAGAAGAGCCUGCUGGAUCAGGCCAGUGGCCCAUCCAGUCCAGCAUCCUGUUCUCACAGUGGCCAACCUGGUGCCUGGGGGAAGCCCGCAAGCAGGACCCGAGUGCAAGAACACUCUCCCCUCCUGAGAUUUCCGGCAACUGGUCUUCAGAAGCAUGCUGCCUCUGACUAGGGUGGCACAGCACAGCCAUCAUGGCUAGUAGCCAUUGAUAGCCCUGUCCUCCAUGAAUUUGUCCAAUUUUCGUUUAAAGCCAUCCAAGCUGGUGGCCAUUACUGCAUCUUGUGGGAGCAAAUUCCAUAGUUUGACUAUGCGCUGAGUAAAGAAGUACUUCCUUUUGUCUGUCCUGAAUCUUCCAACAUUCAGCUUCUUGGAAUGUCCCCGAGUUCUUGUAUUAUGAGAGAGGGAGAAGAACUUUUCUCUAUCCACUUUCUCAAUGCCAUGCAUAAUUUUAUACACUUCUAUCAUGUCUCCUCUGACCCACCUUUUCUCUAAACUAAAAAGCCCCAAAUGCUGCAACCUUUCCUCGUAAGGGAGACCCUCCAUCCCCUUGAUCAUUCUGGUUGCCCUCUUCUGAACCUUUUCCAACUCUAGAAUAUCCUUUUUGAGAUGAGGCGACCACAACUGUACACAGUAUUCCAAAUGCGGCCGCACCAUAGAUUUAUACAAUGGCAUUAUGAUAUCGGCUGUUUUAUUUUCAAUACCUUUCCUAAUUAUCCGUAGUAUGGAAUUUGCCUUUUUCACAGCUGCCGCACACUGGGUCGACAUUUUCAUCGUGCUGUCCACUACAACCCCGAAGUCUCUCUCCUGGUCGGUCACCUCCAGUUCAGACCCCAUGAGCGUAUAUGUGAAAUUCAGAUUUUUUGCUCCAAUAUGCAUAAUUUUACACUUGUUUAUAUUGAAUUGCAUUUGCCAUUUUUCCGCACAUUCACUCAGUUUGGAGAGGUCUUUUUGGAGCUCUUUGCAAUCCCUUUUUGUUUUAACAACCCUGAACGAUUUGGUGUUGUCAGCAAACUUGGCCACUUCACUGCUCACUCCUAAUUCUAAGUCAUUAAUGAACAAGUUGAAAAGUACAGGUCCCAAUACCGACCCUUGAGGGACUUCACUUUCUACAGCCCUCCAUUGGGAGAAUUGUCCGCUUAUUCCUGCUCUCUGCUUUCUGCUUCUUAACCAAUUCCUUAUCCACAAGAGGACCUCUCCUCUUAUUCCAUGACUGCUAAGCUUCCUCAGAAGUCUUUGCUGAGGUAUCUUGUCAAAUGCUUUUUGAAAGUCUAAGUACACUAUGUCCACUAGAUCACCUCUAUCUAUAUGCUUGUUGACACUCUCAAAGAAUUCUAAUAGGUUACUGAGACAGGACUUUCCCUUGCAGAAGCCAUGCUGGCUCUGCUUCAGUAAAGUUUAAGAACAUAAGAACAUAAGAAGAGCCUGCUGGAUCAGGCCAGUGGCCCAUCUAGUCCAGCAUCCUGUUCUCACAGUGGCCAACCAGGUGCCUUGGGGAAGCCCGCAAGCAGGACCCGAGUGCAAGAACACUCUCCCCUCCUGAGGCUUCCGGCAACUGGUUUUCAGAAGUAUGCUGCCUCUGACUAGGAUGGCAGAGCACAGCCAUCAUGGCUAGUAGCCGUUGAUAGCCCUGUCCUCCAUGAAUUUGUCUAAUCUUCUUUUAAAACCGUCCAAGCUGGUGGCCAUUACUGCAUCUUGUGGGAGCAAAUUCCAUAGUUUAAGUAUGCGCUGAGUAAAGAAGUACUUCCUUUUGUCUGUCCUGAAUCUUCCAACAUUCAGCUUCUUUGAAUGUCCACGAGUUCUAGUAUUAUGAGAGAGGGAGAAGAACUUUUCUCUAUCCACUUUCUCAAUGCCAUGCAUAAUUUUAUACACUUCUAUCAUGUCUCCUCUGACCCGCCUUUUCUCUAAACUAAAAAGCCCCAAAUGCUGCAACCUUUCCUCGUAAGGGAGUCGCUCCAUCCCCUUGAUCAUUCCGGUUGCCCUCUUCUGAACCUUUUCCAACUCUAGAAUAUCCUUUUUGAGAUGAGGCGACCAGAACUGUACACAGUAUUCCAAAUGCGGCCGCACCAUAGAUUUAUACAACGGCAUUAUGAUAUCGGCUGUUUUAUUU